UUAUUAUCUGCUAUAUAAAUAUAUGCAAUUUCUUAUAAUCUUUCUCACAAUUGACAACAACACGCAUGCAUAAUUCAUUCGUAUUUGUUUCUAUAUGUUACACUAAAUACUAUCAACUUAAUUUUUCAUUGCAUUACAGACCUUCCAUUAUAGACCAAUAACCUUUUUUUUGAUAAACUGGCCAUGACCUAUAUAGCUAGUUUUAUCUAAACUGUGUUUAGUUUAGUAAUCCUCAUUCUACGACAUGCAAUCAAAUCAAUAUGUUACGGUUAUUAUGAAGGUCACUUUCCAUAAGUUUUAUACUACUGUUGAAUAUUCAAUUAGUAUGCAGUUAUAAAUUAAAUAUUUGGAACUGUAGUAACAUAAACUGGUUUGAUUGUGGUUGGAAUAGUCUAUUUUAAGAUGUCAGGUAAAACAGCAUCUGUAACUAGUGCAGAUUUCUCUCAGCAGAAAUCAGAAGACAAACCAAAGGCUUCAGAUGAUCUCAGCAGUAUCAAGGUUUUCCAUAAAACAGAUUUACAAGUCCCAGUUGGUGAUAAGGUAGUCACUGUGGCAUACAGAGAAACAAAAUGUGACGAGGCAAAAUCAGAUGUGCUGUUUCUACAUGGCAUGUCAUUCAAAUCGGAGACAUGGGUUAGUAAACCUUUAUGGACACUACAGCUGUUAUACAAAACAGGAGGGUUUAGAGCUGUGGCUAUAGAUUUACCAGGUUUUGGUGAUAGUCCGCAGGCAGAAGUUGAUCCUGCUGCUUUUAUGGAAGCUGUAAUUGCCAAACUGCAGUUAAAUGCACCAGUGAUUGUUAGUCCAUCUAUGAGUGGAACAUAUUCUCUACCAUAUCUCUUUAAAAAUGUGUCAAAUGCAUUGUCACGGUCAAAAGGUUUUGUACCAGUCGCUCCAGCGGGCACAGAUAAUUACAAGACCCAGUUUCCAGAUUUAAUGAUUCCUAAUCUGGUGAUAUAUGGUGAGAAUGAUAAACGCUCGGGUGCUUCAUCUGCGAAAAACUUUGAGACCAUCAAACAGAAGACAGUGGUCGAAUUAGCUGGAGCCAGGCAUGCCUGCUACAUGAAUAAACCUGAUGAAUUCCACAAACAUUUAAUCGAUUUUCUGAAAAAAAUAUGAAAAAAAGCGCAGACUGCUUAGU